GGAACUUCAGUGCAUUCGCUUCAUAUACUUGAGAAAGCUAUUCAAAGAGCUGCAUAAAUUUACUUGUUCAAAGAGUGAUCUAUUUAUGUUUCAUCAUAGCAUUCAGAAAAGUUAAAGAGAUGUCUGGAUUUUCAACAGAUCAGGUGUUCAAGUCUCGUGAAGAGUUGAUGGAAUGGGUUAGAAACACCGGACGUAGUCUUGGUUACGCUAUUGUGACUAAAAGAUCGAAAGCUAAAAAUGGCUACGUGUCUAAAGUUGUACUUAUGUGUGAUCGUGGUGGUGUGUAUAAAUCAGAUAAAGAUUCAAGUAGAGAGACCGACACUAGAAAGAUAAAUUGCCCGUUUGAAAUGAUAGCGAAAUUUUCAAAAAAGAAUGGUUCUUGGACGUUAAAAGUAAAACCUGGUGAGCAUAAUCAUCCACCCGGAGAAUAUAUGGAGGGACACCCAAUCCUCAAACGAUUGACACCUAAUGUUACACGCAUACAUAACGUGUUAGGUGAUGGAAAUUGUGGGUUUCGGGCGACAGCUUCUGCUCUCGGCUACGGUGAAGAUGAAUGGUUAUUUAUCCGGAGAUCACUGAUGGAAGAGCUACUCGAGUUUAGAAAUAAGUACACUAAGGCUUUCUUAGGCUCAUUCAAAGAUGUGUUCACGUCCUUGGCUUGGUCAGGAUCGGGGUUUGCACCUGAAAAACACUGGAUGAUUAUGCCAGAGGCAGGAUUCUUGAUUGCGAACAAGUUUAAUGUGAUCGUUCAUUUUUUAUCUCAAGAAAAAAGAAACAGUUCUACUUGUUUUUCGCUUUGGAGAGGCCCUCACGAGUUCCCAGAAAAAAAAAAUAAUUACAAUUGCACACGUGAAUGGUAACCAUUUUAUAAUGGUAGAAUUGCAAGGAGAGUAUCCAAUUGCCAGCACAAACAACCUAUGGAAAUUAAUGAGAGAAAAUGAUGCAGCUGGCUGGGAGAAUAUAUUUGAAUCACGUCAAAAUAUGUAUAAGUCUUGGAUAGCACAACCUGCUACAUUUGGGGGGAGUAUAGAUUAAACCUCGGUAUGUAAAUUAUUAAAUGAUAAUAAUUUUGUAAAAAAGUACUUAUUUUUAUAUAG